AUGGAUUUUAGAGAGGAUUUUAAAGAGGACUUUAGAAAGGAAUCAUUAAAGGUUCUCAUUACUAGUCCCAAAGUGUUUUCCAGCUCUCUGUGGCUCUGCUGGUGUUCUGGGACCAUUUUGCUGGACACACUGAAAGCACGCUUCAGCAGUGCAAAGGCACAGUGCUUCCUGAAUUCAGCCCAUCUUCUGGGAUUCAACAAGGAGAACCAAGACUGGAAGACAGUGCUACAGCAGGACAGAGAGUUGAAUACACCCUCCAGAGAAUACCAGAAGUUUAUAUGUGCUCUCUCAUCUUGCAAACCAGGAUUUGAAGUGGAUCAAUUACGAGAUGACAAUCUAGAAACUUACUGGCAGUCAGAUGGCUCCCAGCCUCAUUUAGUGAACAUCCAAUUCAGAAGAAAAACAACAGUGAAGACAUUACGUAUUUAUGCGGACUACAAAUCUGAUGACAGCUAUACUCCAAGCAAGAUCUCAGUCAGAGUAGGAAAUAAUUUUCAUAAUCUUCAAGAAAUCCGGCAACUUGAAUUGGUGCAACCAAGUGGCUGGAUUCACGUUCCCUUAACUGAUAAUCAUAAGAAGCCAACUCGUACAUUCAUGAUACAGAUUGCUGUUCUAGCCAAUCAUCAGAACGGAAGAGAUACCCACAUGAGACAAAUUAAAAUAUACACACCCGUGGAAGAAAGCUCCAUUGGUAAAUUUCCUACAUGUACAACUACUGAUUUCAUGAUGUAUCGCUCAAUAAGGUGA